AUGCCAGGACCAGACUUACUUUCGAGUCAAGGACUUCGUCUAGACGGGCGCCGACCCAACGAACUUCGUCGAAUAAGAUGUAAACUUGGAGUAUUCACUCAACCAGAUGGAAGCGCUUACUUAGAGCAAGGCAAUACGAAGGUUUUGGCAGCUGUUUACGGCCCUCAUCAGGCUAGCAAGUCGAAAACUUCAACAGAUGGAGUUGUUGUUAAUUGUCAAUACAGCAUGGCCACGUUUUCAACAGGUGAAAGAAAAAACCGACCAAGAGGUGACCGGAAGUCGCAGGAAAUGUCUUUACACUUACGACAAUCGUUAACUGCAGCGAUCAAAACAGAACUUUACCCUCGUUCACAAAUUGAUGUUUACGUUGAAGUGUUACAGGCAGACGGCGGUGCAUACUGUGCUUCCGUUAACGCGGCAACGUUAGCCCUAGUCGACGCUGGUAUACCGCUCAAAGCAUACGCUUGCGCAUGUACUGCGUCCAUAGCAUGGCGUGGAAGUGAACCCGAGCCUUUAGUGGAUGUCGGUCAUGUUGAAGAGGCGGCUGGCGGAGUCUGUCUCACUGUUUCCAGUCUUCCCUCUACACGAAGCGUAGCCCUACUAGAGUUGUCGCACAAACUUCACAUGGACUAUUUCGACGUAGUGCUCAGCAGAGCGAUGCAAGGAUGCAGGGAUAUCGAGGUCAUUCUAGAUCGAGCCGUACGAGAACAUUUGGCAGAAGGAUGGACAAAGCAAGAUGUCGUUACGAUAUGA